AUAUUAGAUACAUUGUUAUAAUCCAGUUUUAUAUUAUUAUGUAUAUUACAUUAGAUCACAAUUAUAGUUGUCUGCUUUGUACCUUAAUGGUUAGAACUUCCUAAUCAUUAAUCGAUUCCAAACCGCUCCCACACACUAACGUUGAUAUAAUUUAAGUUUAUUAAUAAUGUAGAAGUUGUCAUGGAUACUACAGAAUGCAAUCCGCAGUGGAACCGUAAACACUCAACAUUAUGCAUUUAAUUAAUGAGAAAACAAAUGCAUUUAAUCACACUAAAUUAUGUCGCGAUUGUGUUUGUGUUGAUGUUUAUAUCGUGCCUUAUAUUAUGUGUCUUAAAAAUUAUAUGGAAGCGCAGAAGGAAAAAGACGAGGGGGAAUGUAUUAAGCGACAGAACUUUGGUGUUAUUUACCACUAAAUCUGGAGUGUACUUGAGGAAAAAGAAGUUUUCACAAGAGAACUGUACGUUUUUAAAGAGACGUCGCAGAGUUGGAGUCUCGACGGAAUAUGAUAUUAAAUUUUGUGAUGUCGUACUGAAAAAUGUAAAUCGCUUUUGAUGUGUUAUUGUCUGUGAUAUAUGUUGUCUAAAAUGUAUUUUUUGAAGAGUAGUUUUACAUUAUCUUUACCUUUAAAUACUUUUAUAUUUAUUAUUGCCACUUAUUGCCAUAUUAUGACCCACCUUUUUAAUAAUUAAUAAACAAAAGUAUACGAAUUAAUAUUUUAAUUCACCAAACUCAAGAUGGACUUCCUAAAUACACAACGAAACAACAAAAACUGUCUUCUGUUUCUACAUAUUGUAAAAUUUCCAUGAUGCAUCCAUAUAAUAACAAUUGCUGGUGAAUGGGCCGGGGAAUUUAAAAUGGGGUUCGGUAUUAUUUAUCUCAAUUAAAUAAUAUCCUUUAGCUUUAUAAGUGAGAGCGGCAUUUGAGACCAUGCCGCUAUAAAUAAUGGGUGAAACCAAAGUCACUCUUGAAUUUUUACAAAAUUUAUUUAAAGAAAUCGAGCCUACUGUUACAGUUGAAUCGUACGAGGAGUCAUUAGGUUCGGAGAGAGGCGACAAUUACACGGCCAGCUUGUACCGAAUCGAGUUGAAAGGUUAUUCACACAAACCUGAUGAAGAGAAGGAACCGUGGAGUAAAUCUCUGAUUUAUAAAUGCCUUCCCGACAGUCCUGUGAGAAGGGAGGCGUUCAAAAGUGAGAAACUGUUCAGAAAUGAAGUUGCUUUCUACACCAAAGUGUUACCGUUGUUUCAGAAAUUCCAAGAUGAGAAAAAGUCGGUUUUGCCGGUUACCUUCAACGCAACACCAACCUGUUACUACGCAAAGGACAACCUUAUUGUCUUGGAAGACUUAAAAUCUAUUGGUUAUGAAAUGGCAGACAGGAAAGUUGGUCUAAAUUUCAAGCAAAUAACUGCUGUCUUAGACGAACUGGCGAAUUUCCAUGCCAUUUCAUUGGCUAUCAAAAUUUUACAUCCGCAGGAGUUUUACAUGUUGCUGAAUGCUCAGGACGGAAUCAGUGAAGGGUUAUUUAUUAAAGAAAACGAAGAAUGGUAUCGAGACUAUUACAAACAAGCCAUUCAAAACGUUUUAGACAUGGCGUCAAAGAAGUUGUCGAAGUUGGAGUUGGGCACAACGAUUCUGAAUAAGUUUGCUAACUUCGCCAAUGACUCGUUCUUUCAAAAGAUGAUUGACUUGGUAACAGAUACUGGACCAUUGUCGGUGCUUUGCCAUGGAGACUGCUGGACCAAUAAUAUCUUAUUUAAGACAGACGAAACGAAGAAUAUCCAGGUUUGUUUCAUCGACUUUCAAUUAUGCAGACAUGGCUCAAUAGCUCUAGACUUGGCCAACCUAAUCUACUGUUGUACCACUAGGAAUUUAAGGGACCUGCGGUUAAAUGAGAUGCUCAAACGUUACCACAGCAUAUGCUUCUCAUCCCUCAGUAUUCUGUUACAAAACACGCCUUGUGAGGAUCACAAACUCAACAACAAAGAAUAUACGUAUCAACUUUUGAUGUCUGAGUUUAGGAAAUUUGCUUUGUUUGGGAUGGGAUUGGCCAUUGACAUUAUACCCAUAUCUACAUGUGACAGUGAGGAAGCACCCGAUAUGUACGAAAACGAAGAAAUUGAAGACUCUAACUUUCUUAUACCAACAAUUACCACGAACGAAUUAUGCUCAACAAAAAUGGUCAAUUUAAUAUGUGAACUGUUUGAUAAUGGAAUAUUAUAAUUUAUCUCUUAUUUAUUAACUUUAUUAUAGAAGAGUUUAAUAAAAGUUUGUUUAAUGUC